AUGUGUGUUUCAGCGUCAUCUCAUGCAUUCAUUACAGGCAUUAUGAAUAACAAUUCAAAAUUGUUAUUCAACCAAGAGGAUGAAGAAGACGAAGUUAUACCCAGCACACCUAUUGCUACCCACUUUACGCAUGACGAACAAAGAGGAUUUGCAUCCAUUCUCCUUGUUUCUGGCCCUAUUGUGUCAUUAAGCCGACUUGUCAUUAAGGGAAAGUUCAAGAAGAUCACAGUUGGUAAUGUCACUGGUGGAGUUAGUGCUGGAAAGCAUUUGUUAAAAAUAAUUGCUGGAAAGAGUUUAGGCCAAAUCGUGCAAUUCAAAGUGCGCAGAAACAAUUCUUACGUAAGUUGUCCAAUAUAACAUUUAUAAUAUAAAGUCUAACUAAUCAGUAACUAACGUACAAACGAAUACGUCUCAUCGUCUAAUUUCAUUUUUCCUCUUGGUGAAGGCAAUACGUAUAUGUAUCCGCAAAAAUAAAAAAAAUCUUUAAUUAAUGUAUUAAUCCACUGUCCUUAAUAUUUAGGGCAAUGGAAGCAGGGGGUGGCCCGCCACUUUUUAGUUGCGGACCUGAAUGCCUUUGGGCUCCUCCACUUUUUAAAUGGUCAAUAAUAAAUCCCAAAUUUAAUUGAUAUUAUUUCAGUUUCGUGUGUAGACAAAAGAAUUUGAGAUAUUUUAUGACUUUAAUUUUGUUACCUUUAGAACUCUGCAAAUCUUUGGAAAUUACCAUUUCAGAGACUGUAGUUUCCAAUUUUUCAGGGCCAUGCCCCCGGGCCCCUAGUAUGCGCCCCCCCGUUUUUACAGCCACUCCAACGCCUUCAACUAGGUGAUGGGACAUAAAAUCCGUUAUUUGGCCGUUAUAACGGCCAAAUAUUAUAAUUUUUAUACUAUAAACAUCAAAUUAAAAAUUCAUAUAAUAUAUAUCUAAGAUAAUUCAAAGAAAAUAUCAUCGUACUUCUAUUAUUAAAAUACCGGUAAUCCUCACUGUCAUAAACUCUUUUUAUGACAAAACAUCCUUAUACAGGUUAUAUAAAUCUGAAAUUGUCUCUCUUAAUAUAUGUAUGAAUCUAUUUCAUUAUUUCAUGUCAUAAUUUUAACAGUAAUUUUAUUUCAGGUAUACUUCCUGAAGAAACAACCUGUCCCCACAAAUGUAGAUGAACGAAAACAGUUUGCAAACAUGUUAGGUUUCUUUGGCAUCACGUUAAGGGAUUAUAUUGCCAAGUACGAAGAAGAUAAUGAAGAAAGGUUAGCAUCCGAUGACUAAUGCUUAUAACUUUAUAUGCCGCAGUAUACACUCCCGAAAUUAUGUCACAAGGACAAUACUGUCAAUAGGUUUACGAUGGAUUGCUAGUAGUGUGAGUAUACGGGAGUAUAGUUUGACCAUAUGAUUUCACGAUACCGUUAAGGAUGCCAAUAUUGAAAGCAACCACUAUUCCUUCAUUUAUACAAUUUCAAUUUUUUCUUUCCCUCCUUCAAAUCGCCCUAUAUACCGAAGGUAAGAAACCGUUUGGUUUUACCUUUACCACUUUUAACCGCUAUCUUUCUUGUUUAUCUUCUAUGUUAGUGGACUCCACCAAGAAGAUCAUACAAGAAGAGGAUCACAAGAUUGUGCACCUUCACCACCUAAAAGAAUGUGCAUAGAAAUACAGGGCGAACAAUCGUAA